AGUAAAUUAACAUUCAACCCAAUUGAAGACAAGUUCUUUCUGUCCAAAUCAAAACCAAAACCAGAAAUAAAAUUCAAUUGAGUAACAAGCAGUGGAGGAGAACACACUUAAAAUUCAGUCACCUAAUCUACUUUGAUAAAGUUUUUUUUUUGUUAUAUUUUUACAAGCAAAAUAGUAAAAAAAACAAUUAAAAUUGUUAAGUGUUUUCAAGUAUAAACAAAUAAAUACUUAUCCGUAAAACAAAACAAACCAAAAAAAAAAAACAAAAACUUUCCAUCAUGUCUAAAAUAUUUAAUGUGGUGGGUACACUUUUCAAGAAGCACCCCUUCCUAACCAACAGUGCAGUGUAUGGCAGUCUUUAUGUAGGAGCUGAAUUUUCCCAACAAUAUUUAACCAAAAGAGUGCUGGUGGAUAAAGAUUCCUUGAAACAGGACAUUGAUUAUGCCACAGUGGGUCGUUAUGCGGCAAUGGGAACUGUUGUUUAUGCACCUACGUUAUACAUAUGGUACAAAUGGUUGGAUCGUACAUUCCCUGGAACAGCCAAGAAAGUUAUAUUAAAAAAAUUGUUCAUUGAUCAAUUUGUGUUGACUCCCUAUUUAUUGACAGUGUUUUAUACAGGCAUGUCCUGGAUGGAGGGUCGUGAAGAUAUUACUCUGGAAUUAAAGCAAAAAUUCUUGCCCACUUUCGAAAGAUCCUGCAUGUUUUGGCUGCCCGCUCAAGUAUUCAAUUUCGUGUUGAUUCCUCCCAAAUUCCGUGUCAUUUAUAUGGGUGUUUGUGGUUUUGUUUGGGUGAAUAUUUUAUGCUGGAUUAAGAGACAACAAACUGAAACUACUGAAGAACAACCUGCCUUGACAGCAAAUUAAGGUUAUGAAGUAACAAGAUGAUAGCUGAAGAUGUAAACGAAUUGAUAUUAAACGCAUUCCAAAUAACAGAAUUUAUAGUUAGUUAGUAUUGUAAUUAAAAGUUUUAUAUAAGCACAAUUUUUACAGGGGCUUUGUUGUUGUUGUUUUUUCUCUGUAAGGGAAAUAAAUCAUUUUUUUCUAAGAAAAAUAUUU